AUUGAUAUUGAUUGCGCAGGGGAUGUUCGGUUCAUCGAUGCAUCCAGAUGUAGCUAAUAUGCAUAUAUGUACACGGCUUCAAGCAGACAAACAAGCGACACUCACACGCGUCGUCCAAGAUACAGCCAGCGCACAAGCUAACAUCACAUCAAGCAACUCAUCAUCAAAGAAAAGCCUAUGGUGUCCGCUUGCACAGUGACUUGAUCCACUAACGAACACACACAGACACAGAGCACCUUCCACAUGGUGAAAGCCAUAACCCCUGUCGCCCUGUCGUGUGUACCGUGCAUGAGUACAAUGCCCAAGAAGCCAACAAUCCGCACCUCGCUUUCGACUGCGGCAACGUCGCUCGUGGCCGCUGCGGCCUCACCUCUGCUGUCCAGAACUGGCGGGCAGCAGCACCAUUGUCCCAAUACAAGCAUGCAUACGUCUGAAGUGGCGCUGUCGAGCAUGCCUCCUCGUCACAUAGGAAGACGUGCCACAACGUGCCGCUCGACUGCACCCUUGGCACCACGAAGCGGCGGCUGUCGACGGGCGGUGGCCCGAAGGCCAGCUUGCUGAUGCGGCACGCAUCCUCGCGGGUCACCAGAUGGUCAGGGGACGUCAGAUCGGUCGGGAGCGACCUGCGAGCAUCAAACACAUACCGGGAGUGAAUUGACAGGCAUGGGUGGAUGGAGGUGUGUGUGUGGAUGGUGAUGCUGGUUCUCGCCCUGCCUUACUGGUCGAUGACUGCAUCUCGGAACGACGAAUACAUCUCCACAAUCCCAUCGAUAUGUUGUGUCGACACAUCGCAGGCAGGCUCCGUCACGUCAUACGAAGCGCGGAAGCGGAAUCUGUCGCGCGCGUGAAUCACCAGCCUCUUCUGGCCGAGCAUGCCCCGCCCCUCCUCAUCCAGAGGCGUCAGCAGCAGCAGGCAGCCGGCAGGUCCCCGCACCUUGUGGCCAAACAGCAUGUACUGCCGCAGGCUCUCCGGCUGCCGACGGAAGAUGGCCUUGGAGGGCAAUUUGCGCAGGUCUGCGGGCGUGAUGGUGAUGGGAAAGGCCUCGGUGAGAGCGCCCAGCUGCUGCAUCACGCGGAGCCGCCAGAUCCAUCCCUCCCAGUCGCCGCUCUCCUCCAGCACACACAGGAGCCCCAGCAGAUAGCUGACGUGACUCAUUUCACAGCGGCCGACGCCGACAAGCGCCAAGACGCCCUCCAAACGCGUCAAUCUGGAUGGCUGUCGCUUGAUGGCGAAGAUGUCGGUGAGGCCGCUGCUUGCGAGCCAUCGGUUGAUGCGUCGCAUCAGGAAGGCCACACAGAUGAGAUCCCUGCCCAGCCGAUAUGAGCAGCGAUAAGCGGAGCAGUCAGAUGCCGGCAGCAUUCCGCACACGGCCGUGUGGAUCUCACGCGGGAGCCAAUACGGGCUCUUCGCAUCCAUCGUGGUCGUUCUCGAAGGGCCUUCUCCAUCGGCCUCAC